AUGAAAACUCAAAAAACGGAACUUGUUCUCUUAUUGUUAAUUUGCACAAUCAAUUGUGUAAGUAUUAGUAAACAAGAUGGCGUAGAAGAACUGAAAAAAACAAGUUGGGGUAAGAUUGCGUGGAAUUUAAGUUAAUUGGCAUUUUCAGGUGACUCAGCAUUGAAAGAACUAGCAGAUGUUCUAACAUCAGUGACUGAAUAAGUAAAGGAUUUGAGGCAUGAUCAUGAAUUUGCUAGUGAUAAAGCUAUUAAUGUUUAUGAUAGCAAAAGGGAAUAAUUAGAUUUAGAAAUAGAUGAGACAGUUACUUUUAUAGCUAGGAAUACAGACUAUUUAGAUACAUAAAUGCACGAUUAUAUAGUGAAUAUAAACAAGAGAUUAGAAAAUUUAGAUAAAAAUGUCUAAGAAAAUAGAAAAUAAUUAGAAUAUCUAACAUUCACUAGAUAAAAGCAGAAUGAAAAGUUCUUAGAUACUUUAUCACAAUAUGAACAUAUGGUUGCACAAGUUGAUAUGUGUAUUGCUUUACUCUAGGGGAUAUUUGCAAAUGAAGAGUUCAUUCAAGUUGAUAGAGUUAAAAUUAUUACAAGAAAGAUUUUUGCAGCUACAAUGUUAAUUGGAGGGAUCGACAUGAAAGAGUUACUAGAAACUACUGAAUCAGCUAAAUAUACUGAUACAAGAGUUUAAAAAUAUAUUUUAGAAGCCUUUAAUAAUUUAAGAAAAUAAUUUAUUGAUCAUAAGAACUCAGAUAUUGCCUAUGACGCAGAAUAAUAAAAAGAAUAUGAAGAUUAAAAACAUUAAUUAGAUGGAGAGCUUUUAAUUUUCAAAAAAGAUAUUGCCGAAUUGAUUUACAAUUUAUCAGUUACAGAGGAAAAAAUAAGAUAAAUUAAAGAUGAUAUUGAAUCAAAUAGGAAAGAUUAAGAGUUUUAUUCAAAGGAGAAAGAAUUUAUUAAUAAUGGUAGAUAAAUUGAAGAAAAAUGGAAGUCAAAAAUAAUUUAAGGAAUACAAUAAUCAAUUAUUAUCCAUCGAGAAAGCCAUGAAUUUAAUAAGCCAACCUGAGUUUUGGGCAAGGAAUGAAUAAAUCAAGUUAAAUUAUUGAAAAUUGAUAUAGAUAUAGAAGAUAAGUAUGUCAUUUUU